AUGAAGCUGGACGAGCUCAAGCCUCUCGAGGCGCUUCUCGCAGCGGACUUCCGCCAAAUCGAACCCCGGCUCCAAGCCCUCGACAAGCAUCUCAUUCUUCGAACCUACCUCAACGGCUACUCGCUUGGCGAGAUCGACACCAAAAUCUGGCUCGCCCUCCGUGGAAACAAGGCAGCUGUGUCCUUCAUUAAGAGAGGCAGCCUCGCAAACCUCGCCAGAUGGUUCCAGUUCGUCGAGGACAACCAUCCUGAGAUCCAGGGCGAUAUCAAGGCCAAGGAUGCCGCCGCAAAGGCCAAGGUUGCUGCCCUAAGCAAGGCGGGUGGAAGCUAUGCCUUGGCAUUGCAGAACGCCGACCAGGGAGUCGUGACGAGAUUCUUGCCCGAGCCUUCAGGAUACUUGCACAUCGGACAUGCCAAAGCCGCGCUGCUCAAUGACUACUUUGCGCAGACUUAUAAGGGAACAAUGCGGUUGCGGCUUGAUGACACAAACCCGUCAAAGGAGAAGGAGGAGUUUCAGGACGCCAUCAUUGAGGACUUGGCCUUGAUGGGAAUCAAGCCUGACACUCUCACCUAUACCUCGGACUACUUUGAAUACCUCCACGACAUGUGCGUUCGACUCAUCAAAGAAGGGCACGCGUACGCGGAUGACACAGACCAAGAGACGAUGCGUGACGAGCGCUUCAAGGGCAUAGCUUCCAAGCGCCGGGACCGAACUGUUGAAGAGAACCUUCGCAUUUUCGAGGAGAUGAAGAAGGGCACCGAGGAAGGUCUCCGGAAUUGCAUCCGUGCCAAGAUUUCGGUGGACAACCCGAACAAGGCGAUGAGAGACCCAGUUAUCUACCGAUGCAACGUCGACACUCCUCACCAUCGUACCGGUACUCGUUACAAGGUCUACCCGACUUACGAUCUCGCCGCGCCGUUGGUUGACAGCCACGAGGGCGUCACACAUGCCCUGAGGGCCACCGAGUACACCGACAGGAACCCCCAGUACCAGUGGUUUAUCGACACGUUGAAGCUGCGGCAGGUCCACAUCUGGGACUUUGCCCGUAUGAACUUCAUCAAGACGUUCCUCUCAAAGCGGAAAUUGGCCAAGUUGGUCGACACUGGGCGGGUCUGGGGUUGGGAUGAUCCGCGAUUUCCGACAAUUCGCGGAGUUAGGCGAAGGGGUAUGACGGUUCCAGCCCUUCGGGAUUUCAUCCUGAAGCAGGGCCCAAGCCGAAACAUUGUGACUAUGGACUGGACAAACUUCUGGGCCAGCAACAAGAAGGAAAUUGAUCCUAUUGCACCCCGCCACACAGCCAUAUCCCAGAAGAAUGUUGUCAAGAUUACCAUCACCGGCGCCGAUGCUCCUGCCGAGCCAUUCACGGCAGAGAAGCCGAAGCACCCCAAGAACAAGGACGUCGGCACCAAAAAUGUCGCCUUUUCAUCUGAGCUUAUUCUGGAUCAGGCUGAUGCUAAAAGCUUCAAGGUUGGCGAGGAGAUCACACUUAUGGCGUGGGGCAAUGCAAUUGUUCGAGAGAUCGGAAGCGGUGACCCUAUCCCUAGCCUCACCUGCGAACUUAACCUUCAAGGUGACGUCAAGUCCACCGAGAAAAAGGUCACCUGGCUUUCUUCGAAGGGGCAGGCCUUGGUGCCCGCUGAGCUCUGGGACUUUGACUAUCUCAUCACCAAGGAUGUCCUGCAAGAGGAAGAUAACUUGGAAGACUUCUUGACGCCAGUCACGGAGACUGUUGAGGAUGCGUGGUGUGACGAGGCUUCAAAGGAUCUGAAGAAGGAUGAUAUCAUCCAGCUCGAAAGGCGCGGCUAUUACCGGGUCGACAAGGGGCUUGCUGACUGGAAGGAUGGUGAGGAGGGCGCAAAGGGGAAGAGGCUUGUGCUGUUCUGUAUUCCCACUGGUAAGACGGGUUCUAAAUAG